GGAGAUCAUUCCUCCACAAAGCAUCCACAGUGACACGCAACUCCAGUCCACAGUUGCCCUCAGCUCGAUGUGCCGAAACAACCUCAGGAGUGUUCAUCUGCACAGGAUUGAAGGACGCGCGUUUUUUCCUAAAGAAGAUGAGGCAGCAGGUGUGGGAGAUAUCUACACAGGCGAGUGGGCCUGUGUAGUGUGUGUGACAUGGUGUGCAACUGUGGGAGAUGAGGACCGUUCUUCCGGUGAGCGCAGGCAGUGAUGGAGGAGAGUCCUGCAGCCUCCACACAAAGGUGGGCAGGAUGAAGAAGCUACUGGGGCUAAGGCUGAGUCACUCGGUGGAUGCACAUAUAGAUAUGGAGCCUGGGGUGCGACUGAGGAGCUUCCAGCUGUUGGAUUCUGCUGAACACUGUGAGGACCAUGUGCAAGAAUGGGUUGACGAAGAGGAGAACGGGGCAAUAUUUGGCAUCACGCUACGGCGAGAGCCCGUCAUGCCAAGUCCUAACAUGCCCAUGGCGUCGGACUGCCCGGCCUACAGUUAUGCCCACUACCACACAGUAAAACUGCGCAGACUCAAAGCUGGCACCCUGGAGCACUUGGUCACCCACCUUCUGGAUCUCGAACAUCAGGAGCCUGACUAUCUCCAUGUUUUCCUCUCCACCUACAGAGCCUUCACCUCUACCAAUAAUCUCAUUGGAAUGCUUUUUCUCAGAGAUGACGCAAACCCAAUAUGCUCGCAAAGUGCUUUGUUCCCAGUAAUCAAGCUGUGGUUGAGGGAAUACCGUGCAGACUUCCAUGAGCCCCCUCAAUACCAGUCUCUGCGGCUCCUAUGUGCCAGCUUGCGCCGGCGUGUCUGCUUCAGACGCUUGGCUCAGACCGCAGAGCGUCUGCUCAAGUCGUUCCAACAACAAGAUCCCAGCCAAUUUGCGUCGGUGGACGACAAAGUGCUGCCGUGCAAAGAGGAAGACGGAGACAUCUUUAUGAACUUCCCUGUCACUGAUGUAGCAGAGCAGCUCACCAGAUUGGACAUGGAACUUUUUGUCCAAGUGAUACCGUUCCACUGCCUGGGCUGUGUGUGGUCACAACGCGACAAGAAAGAAAACCGCAGUCUGGCACCCACCGUCCGUGCCACCAUUUCCCAGUUCAAUGCAGUCACCAACCUCGUCAUCACUUCGUUGCUUUGCCCGUCUUCUCCGAGCCCCUCCACUUCCUCUCCCAUUUCAUCACCCAGCUCGUCAAGCUUCCUCUUCCCUUUGAGUGCCCCGGGCCUAGCUCACCCCUCUCACACCAGUCCUUGCUUUCGAGCGCGCAUCCUUGAGUGGUGGAUCAAUGUGGCACAGGCGUGCAGGCAGCUGAAGAAUUUUUCUUCCUUAUGGGCCAUCCUGUCCGCCCUGCAGUCCAAUGCUGUAUAUCGCCUCAAGAAGACCUGGAUGGCUGUCAGCAAGGAAUGCAUGACUACCUUCAAGCAUCUGUGUGAGACAUUUCCUGACGAGAACUGUGUGCUGGCCAACCGAGAGAUCCUGACAGAGGCUGGGAGUCAGCAAGAGGUCAGUGCCAGUUCUGGGUCGCCCCUGCUCUGUUCCAAACAGAUGAAGCAUAAAGAUGGAAUUGUACCGUACUUGGGCUCCUACCUGACUGUCCUCACUAUGUUGGACACAGCUCUCCCUGAUUCUGUAGAGGGUGGACUGAUCAACUUUGAGAAGCGCAGGCGGGAGUUUGAGAUUCUGUCCCAGAUUCGUCAACUGCAGGCUUCCUGUUCCCAAUACCAGAUUCCGGCGAACCCUCGCAUAACCAACUGGCUGCAGGCGCACGCGCUCCUUCUCACUGAUCAGGAGAGUUAUGAACUGUCUCGGGAGCUGGAACCUCCUGUUGAUCCGUGUCCUACUUCUCCCAAUGUAUGGAGCAGUCGUUUGCUGCCUAAGAAGCUCCCCUCGUCACAAGCAACCAGUGAUGGUUCUCAAGGGAAGAAGACUCAUGCUGACCAGAUGAGUGUGUCGUCUUCGAGCUCCAGCGGUUCUGACAUGGAUGACCUCGUUGUCCCUCAUCUGUCCCCACUCAGGCUCAUAAUCAAGUCACUCUCCAGCUCAAUGCACAACAUCACCGAGGACUACGGCACGAUGUCCUCCUCCUGUUCCUCCUCCUCCUCACCCAUGCUCUCCAGCUCCUCCUGCAGCUCCUCCCAUCCCGACCUGAGCUGCUCCUCUUUGGCGCUGAGGCCGGACUCCUCCUCAUCCAGUGUCCCACCGCAGUCCGUGCUGCCCGUCUACAACAAACAGCUAGCCGAUUCGUGUAUCAUAAGAGUCAGCAUGGAGUGUAAAAACAACGGCAACGUCUACAAAAGCAUUCUGCUGACCAGUCAGGAUCACACACCUCAAGUCAUUCAGAGGGCUCUGGACAAACACAACCUGGAGGACACUUUCAGCUGUCAGGACUUUAUCCUCUGCCAGAUGCUCAACAAUGGAAAUGAGCUCCACAUCCCUGACAACGCCAACGUGUAUUAUGCCUUGUGCACCUCCUCCAACUAUGACUUUGUCCUGCACCAGCGCUGGAAGAGCCACAGGAAAGAUUGGGGCUCCUCCUCCAGUCCAGGAAUUCCACACAGUGAACACCACACAAAGUGACAAGUGUCAGUCUUCAGAGUUGAAUCUGCCAAGGAGAGCCCAAACUCACAGCGGUUUCGUUUUGGCUUGACGCACGAGCCACCCUGAGAGCUUUGCUCAGAUGUCCUCUGUCAGUGCCUGGGCCCCUUUCAAACUUUUCGACAUCAGACCUGCUCCAGCUUCUCACAGAAAUGUGUUUGCACAAGUAGUAGAGGAUAUUUUCUGAAUUGCACUUAGCAAAUGGACGCUAGCUGCUCGUUGCAAACUGCGCCACGAUUGGAAUUCGUGCAAGUAGACCAUUGACAUUUGCAUUUAUCUUCUUCUUGUUUAUACUUUUUUAUGUAACUUAAAACCAACCUUAGUGUUGAAAGUAUCAGUAUUCCACUUUGCCACAUUCUUGUGUAAAUUUGUAUGCGACCCCCCUUUUAAUUUAUUUUUAGACACGAGCAGACUAGUUCUAAGGAUAAAAGCUAAUGCAUGCCAUUGCCAAGUGAAGGAGAUGAUGUGAUUUUGCAGUUUUGCUCUUACGAGGUUGCCUGAUGGUUGAUUGAGGUGAUGCCAUUCGUCUAAGUCUGCAUCCUUCAUCUGUAAUGCUGUGAACACGGUGUGCAUGAAGGAUGUUUUUUGUAUGUGAAAGAUGAAGAGUCUCAGUAAGUAAAGGGACAUGCCAGUGAUGUUAAAACCUUGUUUUUAAAACUGUUCACGGUGAUUGCCAACCUGGUUUACAAGGAGUUUUGAAACACUGGUGAAUAACAUGCAAGAUUUUGCAUCACUGCGUGAAGGUGUUUUUUUUUUUUUUUUUUUUUUUUUCUGUAGUUUUAAUUUGACUGUUUGUACACUGAUAUUAGCUUAUAUCUAAUUAUAUUGAUAUUUUAUUUGUACAUUUUCCCAAGCUCUUGGUAAUUUGAAAGACUAAUAAAACCAUUAUUUAUUCUACA